AUGGCUUAUGCUGCUGUAACUUCGCUUAAAGGAACACUCCAUCUACAUUUCUUGCAAUCACAACCACGCUUGCCUCUUCAAGACAACCAAGAGAUAGUUAAUUCUCUCCAUGAAAAUCUUGGUUUCCUCCAAGAAAUUCUUGAGAAAUCUGAUAUCGCCUAUAAUAAUUCGGCGAUGAAAGAUUUAGAGGCACAGAUGAGAGAUGUAGCGUUCGAAGCUGAAGAAAGAAUUGAGGUGGAAUUGAGUAGCAUAUAUCUUCAACCAAGCAGUAUAGAGGCUUGCCUCCUCAGGCUUCAUGGAAUCUUCACUCAAGCAGUAAAACAGACUAAUUACCUCAAGAAGAAGUUUAUUAAGAUUAAAACUGAAAAGCAGAUUGCAAAGGGUCCAUCAAUAACUGGCGUUUCACUCCUUGGUCGGAUGCGACAAGGAGGACUACUCGGUUCAACAUCAUUGCAGCCUGCUGAUCCAGAACGCGAGAAUAAUAUUACUGUGAGUAAAUUUUCCAAAAGCGCUUCAAAGUUUGAAAAUAGAAUGGUUGGAUGCGACAAGUUAUUCAAGACGAUAUUGGAUAAGCUCACGCAACAAUCAGCUGAGCAGCUCCAAGUUGUAUCAAUCGUUGGCAUGGGAGGAAUAGGCAAGACCACUUUAGCUGAGAAAGUCUACAAGGAUCCAUCAAUUACUUCUCAUUUUUACAAGCAAGCAUGGGUUACUAUAUCCCAAGAGUAUACCGUGGGGAAAAUGCUCGGAUGCCUUAUUGGUUGUGUUAGUGAAUCAAGUGAUAAACAAAGUAGCAAUGACCAAGGCAGAUUAGCAGAAACACUACGUAAACGCUUGAAAGAUCAGAGAUACUUGAUAGUGAUAGAUGAUAUAUGGAGCAAAGAAGCUUGGGAUAGUGUGCAAAGGUGCUUUCCAGAUGAUAAUAAUGGAAGCCGUAUACUACUGACUUCUCGGCUCAGAGAGGUGGCUGAAUAUGCAAGUUCAGGUAACUCUACCAUUAACUUGUCAUUCUUAGAUGCGAACGAAAGUUGGAAUCUCUACUGCAAUGUGUUUGGUCAAACGAAAUUUCUUUCAGUGUUUGAGCAAAUUGGUAGAGAGAUAGUGAAGAAAUGUAAUGGAUUACCUCUAGCUGUUAUUGUAAUAGCUAGUCUUCUCGCUAAGACAGAAGUGACAGUGGAGAAGUGGAGUAGUGUUGCAGAAAAUGUAAGUAGAUAUGUAAUUGGUGAUUCUAAUGAUGCAUGUUCCAGAAUACUCUAUUUGAGUUACAACCAAUUACCACACCACUUAAAAGCUUGUUUUCUAUAUUUUGGAGUUUUUCUCGAAGACUAUGAGAUCAAUGUGAAGAAGUUGGCUAGGUUGUGGGCGGCAGAGGGAUUUUUGAGGGCAGAGGACCAUCGAAAUAUGGAGGAAGUGGCCAUAGAAUGCUUGCAAGAUCUUGUUGGUAGAAGUCUUGUUUUUGUUAGCAAACAAAGCUACAAUGGGAAAAUGAAGACAGUAAGAAUACAUGACUUGUUGCGUGAUUUGUGUUUGAGAGAAGCUCGACAUGAAAAUCUCUUGAAUGUCAUUGGAGAUGAAAAACUUCCAUUUUACAAGAAGAAAAUCUCUUGUCAUUGGAUAAGUGCUACAUCUGGGUUUGAUCUACUUCCUUUGACAAAGUGCUUUCACAAAUCACAUUCCUUUCACUCUUUCUACUCUUAUUACUCUGUAAGUGUGGAACAUCUAUUUUCACACUUCAAACUACUAAGAGUAGUAGACAUAGUAUGUAAAUCUUACCAUGGAUAUGGGGUACUAUAUGGGCUUGCAAAUCUUAUUCAUUUGAUGUACUUAGCUUUGAGGUAUUCAACAUAUGCUUCCACCCAAUAUUUUGAUUUAGAGCUCUUUGAGCAUUUGAAUAUGCAAAGCUUUAUUGUUCGUGGAGCUGAUGCUACAUUCCAUUCCUUUGAGGCAUCUGGAAUUUGGAAAAUGCCACUAUUAAGUAAUAUUUGCAUUGGACAUAUUGUUUCAUUAGGAACUUUGUCAGUUGUUCAUAGAAACUUAGAGAUUAUAUCUUGGUUAGAUCCUAUGCUCUGUACAAAGGAUCUGUUUACAAGGAUUCCAAAAUUAAAAAAAAAAAAAUUGGAGAUUUAUAAUGGAUACAAUAGAAACAAUCUAGAUUGUUUUUUAUAAUUUUGUGCACUUGAG